AUGACGCCAGUGGAACCGUUAGCAGAGAACCGCACGCGGAGAGUGGACCCGUUGCAGCAUUUCCAGUACUACGAGGGCGGGUGGGACCCCAGCAGCAAGGACUACUGGGCGUCCGUGGCAUGGGCGGGGAUCUACGGCCUCGUCGUGGGGGCGGCAUGGGUCGUACUCGGUAUAAGCAUCCUCGCUUUCGCGCUCUGCGCGUGCCUCUUCUGCCGCAAGCGGUGGAAGGCCCGUCUGGACGGCGACCAGCCUCAAUACACGCCCUUCCAGAUCCGCGUGCCACUUGCCGCGCUGCUAUUGGCUGCAGUCGUCAUCCUGUGA